GUACAUUUCAAUAAAAUUCUUGCUGCUCCAUUCACUUUCUUUACAAAUCAAAAUCAUAAAAAUCUUCCGCCACCUUUUAAAGUAUUCACAAUACCCGUAAUAUUACUGGCUUUGUUUAUAUUGUAUAGUUUUUCGUACACUUAUCAUCUUUAUCAAAUAUCCGAGCCAAAAUUAAUUCAAGGCGACGAAACCAACACAUUGACACAAGAGAAGAUUAAUGGUUCGGAAACAACAAUUAAUGGCGAUGUAAAAUCUACCGAUCAGAUUUCUUCUGGUGAUAGUAAAGAACAACACACAUCUAGUACUAUUGUGGAUGAAAAAUAUCUGACUUAUCUACCACACGGCCACUUCCAUAGUCAACGUAUCGCAUUAGAGAAUGCUCUGAUUCUCGCAUGGAUGCUAAACCGAACUUUGGUAAUGCCACCGAUAUUACUCGGUGUGGUCCAACAAUAUAGUCCUGCUCCAGUACUAGGGAAUCAAUUGCAACAAUAUAAUACCAAAAAAAAUGUCACAGACUGCGCGAAAUUCAAAAAUGAAAAGAAACGAGCAAAAUGCCUUGAUCGAGUAAACGCGUAUACUUUAUAUCCAUGGGAUAAAUUGAUGGAUAUGAAAUUCAUCAAAGAUCAUGUGAGAAUUGUUCAUCGUCCUGAUUUUAUUUUAACAAAUCUUAAAACGCAACUGAAUAUCGAAAAUGACAAGGACAUUUACUUUCCUGAUGACACUUCGCGACAUUAUUAUCGAAUUUAUGAUACAUCCGAGUCGGAAAUUGGACUUGAUAAGUACGAAACACGACUCUUAAAAUCGACUUUGGAAAAGAAUGAUGUGAAAUUACUACAUUUUAAUAGUUUAAAUGGGAAAACGCGUCUAGUCCUCGAACAAAAAAACAAUACCGAGUUUUCAAGACAAUUUUAUCGUAAAUUUAUAAUCGAUACACCUGAAAUUGUGAUUGCUUCUGAUCGAAUAGUGACGCAGUUGGGCGGGGUUGGAAAUUAUAUAGGAUUAAAUGUGAUCAGCGAGAAGGAAUAUUUCAAAUCAUUAUCAGGAAAAACUGGAAAAAACAUCACUAAAUUAGUAAAAGAAGAAGCAAAACAAUUCAAACCAAGAUACGAGUCUACAUCAACGCGAAAAAAGCAACAUGCCACAUUGGCCGGAAAAUGUCGGUCAACAUCUGUUAAAUCGGAGACUGUUGUAUAUCUGGCAACUGAUGAGGAAAAAAUACAUGAACAAUUUGCACCAUUGUUUCUUAAUUUUCCAUGCACUUUUACUUUGUUAAACUUUGAGACUCGUGUGAGAGAGCUAAAAAACUUGACGAACCUGGUAGAUGGUGUUAAUUUAUAUAAAUUUUUGAAGCCGAUACUUGACUUGACCAUCGCUGCUAAAGGUGGAAAAUUCAUUGGAUCGGCAGAUAGCGCUUUUUCUAUUGAGAUAAAGGCCAUGAUAAAUAAAAAACUAGUCUUCAGCUUUGUUAUUUUCUUCACGUCUUGCAAUUUGUUGGUGCGAGUGUCUGGACUGCAGGUGUGUAGUGCUGAUGGUGCCAUUGUCGCCGUAAAACCUGCAUUUAACCCGAAAGAGUAUAGAAAAGUUGAGGAUUGCCUCUCUUCAACGGGUGCAGAAAUCAUUUUCCCCUCGGAUUCCAGCUAUGAAGAAGCGAGACUUGGGGAAAGGAUAAGAGUCCAACACUUUCCUGAUGCUGUCGCCUUUCCCACAAAUUCGACACAAAUCCAAGCAUUAGUUCUUUGUGCGAACGCGUUUCAACGUAAACCGGUGCCGAGAAAUGGAGGUCAUAGUUAUGAGAGCUUUUCAUCACGUAAUAAUUCAAUCGUAAUUGAUAUUAGCAAUAUGGUUGAUGUGACCAUCGACGAGGUUGCAAAGAAGGCUACAGUUGGUGCUGGUAUUCGUCUUGGUCCAUUGUAUCUACAAUUAGGUCGAAAAAAUUUCACAUUUAUUGCGGGUACAUGCCCGACUGUUGGAUUAACGGGUAUUAUAGCUGCAGGGGGGUUUGGCCCACAAUCAAGAAAAUAUGGGGUUAGCGGAGAUCUAGCUCUCUCAGUUCAAGUAGUCACGGCAGAUGGUAGUUUACUUAUCGCCAACUCCAGCCAAAAUUCAGAUUUAUUUUGGGCUUUAAGAGGUGGAGGAGGAGGAAGUUAUGGAAUUGUUACUCAGUGGACAUUGAGUCUUAUUCCAGCUUGGCAACAAAACACUAUCUUUCAAAUAAAAUAUCCAAUCAAGUCGGCUCAACAAGGACUUAAAUUAUGGUCGUCUUGGGCACCUGACUCGCCCGAAAAUCUUACCACAGUGUUGGUUAUGAGCAAAGGUGACGGAUUCACAAUAACUGGUCAUUUUUUAGGUGCUUCAGAUCAGCUAAAGACUAUAUUGGACGCGAGUGGACUUCGGAAUCUUGACGGGAAACCAUCAAACGAGAAGUAUAAGGAGACCAAUCAUUUAGGUGUGCGUGUAUAUUUUGCUGGAGAAGAUGACGUGUCAAAACAAAGUGUUCUAAACAUUGGUACAUCACCAUUUACGAGUAGUUCUAAUCAACUUGACGCGACAGUUGGAAUAAUAUCAGAUUAUCCGCCUGGUCCUAAACAACGGCGCGAACUCGAAAAAACAAAAGCAAUGUUUUUUAAUGAGUCUUUCACCUUGGAGCAAACCAAAAUUAUUGUAGAACUGGUCAAAUCAUGUCCCGGUGAUGCAUACGCUGAAUUUGAUGUUUAUGGUGGGAUAUUCAGCAAACAACCCUCGAAUUUAACUGCUUUUGUGCAUCGAUCAAAUACAAAGAUCGGGGUACAAGUGAGUGUAUUUUUAACUGGUGACACAAAAAAAGAUAAAGGACUAUUGGAUUGGAUCAAAUCUUGGGAUAUUCAAGGUUAUGUCGACGCUGAUCUCACUAAUCCACAAGAAGCUUACUUUGGAAGUAAUCUUCCACAAUUGCGAAUUAUUAAAGCAAAAUACGACCCUAACAACACAUUUUUAAAUCCGCAGUCAGUAUUGCCCGCAGUCGGAAUAAAUGCGUCUAACACGUGUUUAAAUAACAAUAGUGAAAACGGCACACCGAAUGGUACGAAUAACAAUAGCAAUAGUAAUCAAACUCAAAGCACAUCAUGGACUAUAAUGAUAUUAUUUAUUUUGACUUUAGUAAUGUUUUAA